AUAAUUUCAAUAACAAGACAUAUAUCAAAGGUGUCAUUAUAUAGCGAGUUUUACCUUGGCAACAUUUGGUGUUGUUUUUCACUGUGCAAUUAUAUACAACGAUUUAAAUAAUUGGUUUUAGAUUCAUCACUCCAUUCUUUCACAGCGUUUGCACGGACAUAACAUUUAAGAACGAUAAUUCUCUUCAUAGAAGACGAAGAAAAAUGAAGUACGUUUCAUUCAUUUUGAUGUGUCUAGCCGUCGGAGCCAGCGCUAAUCUGAAAAGUAAAAGUAAAUGUGGAGAAACAAAUGGCCACCCCUGUCCUUUCAUUAGCGAAUCUGACCUUGUCACACUUGCAGAUUUCCAACAGUACGUGGUUGGUGAACACUGGAUAGGCAUUUAUUCCUCAUCAUUCAAUACAGGUCAGACCUUUUGCAGGAAGGGAAAUCAAAGGUGGAAUGACUCUACAACCGGACUGGCUGAGCUGUAUUGUUUCUCAUUCGAGGCUCAGGAAUGCUGGAAUCUUUCGUUUGUCACAACAAAAAGUGAGGAUGACUGUGGGAGAGUGAUAGAAAAGGGAGAUGCCGAUGAUGAUAUCAAAUUUUACAGCCAAGAUUUGUCCGAAUACUUUUGGCAAGACGUAUGCUACUCGAGGCUUGCAAAUGGAGAGUGCUCUUUCCGCUUUCUAGGACUGUUAGUUAAGGCUUGGAGAGGAGAUGGUGACCUUGACCUACAAGGAUUACCUUGGGAACUUAUAACAGCUGACCUGUGGAACAACUUUGGGUUGCGGUUCUCCGGACCGAUCGUUAAGUUUUCCUGGAAAGAUGGACCAGAUUGUGGUUUCACUGGUAUUAUUCCAUUUUAGAACUCCAGAUAUGCCGUAUACAUGGCCAAAUAUAUACCAUCAACAGAGCGUGACGCCUAUUUAAUAAAUGAAUUGUACUAACAUAGAAACAAUAAUCUUAAAAGCUAUAUAAGAAAAUAAAAAGGAUAGUCUAAAUCUGUAGAUUCAUUAUUUAAUAAACUACGUCAGAAAAGUG